CCUUCGGUGCUGUUUGACCUAUGCGGGCUCCCCUACAGUUGAAGCGGUGUUGACUUGAUGUGUCAAAAUGGCAGAGCUAACAACACUAGAGAGUCUGAUGGAGAUGGGCUUCGACAGAAACAGAGCGGAGAAGGCGGUAGCCAGCACAGGGAACCAGGGAAUAGAACAAGCCAUGGAUUGGUUAAUGGUACAUGAGAACGACCCAGACAUCGAUGAGCCCUUCGUGCCGCCUGUAGGGAAUGUGGUGGGGGGAGCAGCCGUCACCCAGUCCCCCACAGACGAGCCGUCAAUAGCAGACCCCGCUGAAGGGACAGCAGGUGGAGACGGCAGCAUCGAUGUUGAUGACCCUUCAAAAGUGCCGUUGUCAGAGGAGGAGAGACUCGAGCAAGUGAGAAGGCUAGAGGAGCUGAUGCGGCUGAAGCAGGCGGAGAGACGAGAGCGAGAGCGGGCAGAGGAGUUGGAGCGGGAGAAGCAGCGGAGGAAAGACGGCCAAGAGCUGCAGCAUAUUCGCCAGAAGCUGCAGGAUGAUGAUAUGAAGAAACUCAGCGAUCAGCGCAUGAAGGAGAAGAUGGAGGACAAAAUGGCGAGGCAAAGGGUUAAAGACAAGAUUGCACGAGACAGAGAGGAGAGAGCACAGAAGUUUGGAGUUGUUUCCCCCGCGAGCACGGCGACAUCGUCCCAACCUGCCCAGCCCACCCCCCCGUCCCCCACCAGUCACGGCCCUCCACCCACUAAGAAGGAGUAUGACGAGUCCAGGAUACAGAUACGCCUGCUGGACGGCUCCACCCUCACGGCCGUGUUCAAAUCCCAGGAGCCGCUGGCGGCCGUGCGCGUCUACGUGCAGGUGAACGGCAACACACCGGAGGGUCAGGACUUCACACUGCUGUCCCCGUACCCCCGCAACGAAUACACCGAACUGGACAUGGAGAAGCCCCUCAAGGAACUGGGUCUGGUGCCUUCAGCUGUGCUGGUUGUUAUCAAAAAGUGAGAUCAGGAGGGUCCGCUCUGUGAGCCUACCUCACCACUUCCACUGCAGAAACACAGGAGACACAGGAAGCAGAUUGAACCGGGAACAGAGCCUCCACCUUUCAGUAUCACUCAGCGAGCCAGCUAACUGACCUGAAGCAGAGAGGAAGCUGUGUGUAACUACUUUAAGAAGUGUAACUCACUGACUGCUGCCCUUUGCCAUGCUGGGCGUGUAGAUUGUUUUGUGUGCUAUGACUUAUGGACUUUUAAUUCAAGUGAAGAUAGCUGGCUUCUGACGGAUACUGAUGCAUUUAUAUGAAGUAUACAGAAUCUUUCAAUUUUAACCUGAUCCUUACAAAGCAAAGUACCACGGAGACCUACCCGAUCGCUUCUGAAAGGGCCUUAAAUUUGAUCUCUUGAUCUUCCUGAUUUUGUCAUGCUCUACUUUGCUAGUUUUUUUUUUUAUAUAAGUUAAAAAUGUAUGGACGGGUAUGUCUGCAUUAUCACCAAGAAUCUACUUAAAUAAAGCUGACUCUGAGAAA